AUGAAAGACACUGCAAACUCAUGCACAAUUGCGACAGCACUCAUCGUCACUAUUGUGUUUGCAGCCGCAAUCACUGUUCCUGGUGGCAACUAUGACACCGGGCUCCUCAUUUUCUCUAAAAAGACAGCAUUCAUUGCCUUUGUGGUUUCAGAUGCAAUCUCUCUCUUCACGUCCACCACUUCUCUGUUGAUGUUCUUGUCCAUCCUUACUUCUCGCUAUGCUGAAUCAGAUUUUCUCCAUGUUCUUCCCAAGAGAUUGAUAAUUGGUCUGUUUACUUUGUUCCUAUCCAUAACAACCAUGAUUGUGGCCUUUAGUGCCACACUCUAUCUUGCAUUUGGGCAUGAUAAGCUGUGGAUGCUUAUUCCGGUGGCCGCAUUAGCCAGUUUACCGGUCACGUCUUUCGUGUCACUCCAAUUUCCCCUCCUUGUGGAUCUCAUAUCGUCGACAUAUGGUCCUGGAAUUUUUGGCAAGCGAAGUGAUCAGCCCUUUUACUAA